AUGGCGGACAGCGCGAGCAUGCUGGAUGUCCAAGCAAAUCCAGAAUUGAAAUAUCUGAUCGUGGACAGGAAUUUCGUCAAUGAUCCAUCGAAACAGGCCGAAUGGACUUCGAAAAAACUAAUAUGGAUCCCCCACGAAACACAAGGCUUUGUGGCGGCGAGUAUUGUGUCAGAAAAAAAAGACGAGCUCGAGGUGGAAAUUGCCGAAACGGGUAAACAUUGCGUGGUGAAUAAAGAUGAUGUCCAGAAAAUGAACCCCCCAAGAUUUAAUAAAGUCGAAGAUAUGGCAGAAUUGACGUGCCUUAAUGAAGCAUCAGUGCUGUACAAUCUCAAGGAUCGGUAUUACUGUGGCCUUAUAUAC